AUGCUGUCGGAGAAGACCUUCAAGCAGCGCGGGAGCUUCAAACAAAGAGUGGAGGGUGGCCGGCUCAUCCAGGAGCAACACCCCACCAAGAUCCCAGUGAUUAUCGAGUGAUACAAGGGGGCGAAGCAGCUGCCCAUCCUGAACAAGAUCAAGUUCCUUGUACCUGAUCACGUGAAUAUGAGUGAGCUCAUCACGAUAAUUAGAAGGUGCCUGCUGCUCAAUGCUAACCAAGCCUUCUUCCUCCCGGUGAAUGGGCACAGCAUGGUGAGUGUGUCCACGCCCUUCUCUGAGGUGUACGAGAGCAAGAGAGAUGAAGACAGCUUCCUGUACAUGGUUUAUGCCUCGCAGGAGACAUUCAGGACAGCGCUGGCUGUGACAUACAUGUCAGCUGUAAAGGCAACAGGAGACAUGCUCUUCACAGACAUGUGGCCACUUCCAACUAACGCAAGCCUCUACUUCCUGCUACCUGCAUGUAGUCCACUGUGA